UGAUUGGUGAUUGACAAUAAGUUUAGACAAAAUGAACGAAAAGACUUUCUCCUCCAUAAUCAGAAAAUACGAAACCAUUUCAAUUAUAGUUAGAACACAUGUAUCUUCAAUCUCAAUUAAUUGGUUAAACAUCUUCAUUUCCUAUCUUCACUUCUUCUUUUCUUCCGCAUUCGUGACAUUCAAACAAACGUAUCCUUGACCUAAUGACUUCAGACAUAAUUUGUGUUUAAAAACUCUAUAUUCACAGUUAAAUAUCGCAUUUCGCUAUAUUCUUCAUGGAUUUAUUGGUGAAAUGACCUAAUUAGAACUACCAAAGGGAACAAAGAGGAUGAAAACUAAUAUACAUACAUUAAAGACAAAAAGAAAUAGGGUAGAAGGGAAAAAAAAAACUUAGAUACAUACAUGAUACAUAUAUCCCCACACAAAAGUAUGAAAUUAUUAUUAGAUGCAGAGUCAUGGGACAUAGUCAUCUUUUUAUAUUUUUCCCCUAGUGUACCUUCUAUUUUAAUUAUUACCCUUCUUUGUCUUUUGCCUUCAUUCCUUCUCCAUCACUAAUAUCCCCUUUGCCCCUUCACUCUUUUUUUUCUUUAUUUAUAACUUUUUUUCCUACUACUACUAGAUUUGCAGGGGACAAACCUAAACUUCUUCUCUUCUUCAAUUAGGGUUUUCCCCCUUAAAGGGCUAGUGACUAUUCUACUUGUGAAUUAACUUCACUUCUUUUUUUUCAAUCUUGCUACUGUUUUAAUGUUUUGUACUUUGUUUUUGUUACUUUGAUUGAAGAAAUAAAGAGCCAAGUUGUGAUCUCAAGGAGAGCUUCUUCAAAGAAAAGGUAGUUAAAAGGAAGGAUUCAAUGGCAUCAUCAAGCUCAUACAACUCCCCUUGUGCUGCUUGCAAGUUCCUAAGAAGAAAAUGUCUUCCUGGCUGCAUUUUCUCACCUUACUUCCCACCUGAAGAGCCACAAAAAUUCAUCAAUGUCCACAAAAUCUUCGGUGCUAGCAAUGUCACUAAGCUUCUCAACGAACUCCAUCCACACCAACGAGAAGACGCCGUUAAUUCUUUAGCCUACGAAGCCGAAGCUAGGGUUAGAGACCCCGUCUACGGCUGCGUAGGCGCAAUCUCCUUCCUACAACGCCAAGUCGAGCGCCUUCAAAAGGAGCUCGACGCGGCUAAUGCGGACUUAAUCCGCUAUGCUUGCAAUGAAUUCACUUCCUCCACCGUGCCGCCUUUACCUGUUCAUCAUAAUACCAUUUUACGUCAAAGAUCGGUUGAAUUUACUAGAAGACAAUACCAUCAUGAUGUCGGAGGUGGUGGUGGUGGUGGAGGUUUUUACCAAACAUCUAGUUAUCCGAUACCGUAUUCGAAUUCUUACCCUAAUUGGAAUGAUCAUCAAAACUCUACUGGAGAUCAUCAUCAACAUAUCCAUGGAGGAGGAAGUAUUUGAUUUGAUAUAAUAGGGUUUUGUGAUAACCCUCGAUCUUCUAUAUGUUUAUAUCUUUGAACUCAAAAACACUUGUUGUUAGCAUUUUAUAAUAUGGAUAUUGAGUAUUGAGUCAUAGUUAUCUAUCUAUCUAUCUACUACCUAUAAGUCCUUAAAUGUGGCAUGGCAUGGCAUAUGGGAUUUGUUUAAUGGUCAAUAUAUAUAUAAAACUAUUUGG